UGGGCUUAUCGGGACACCGUAGGAGGAGUUUUCCUUCCCACUGUCUUUCUCUUUACAGUCACAGCAUGGAUCCUGUUUUCACUUUUAUUUCAGUGUUUUAGCAUUGGUUUCGUGUUGCCUUGCGCUUAACGGGCUUCGUCUGGAUUUCUUAACUUAUAUAGAGACCAUGUUUACCACCACCGGGUCCCGGGGCCUGUACAAGGCUCCUCUGUCUAAAGGCCUCCUGAUGGUUCUGAAUGGACUGACUGUGAUGCUAACCCUGCUGCCACAGUACCAGGAACUGUUUGAAUACAACCUACAGGCUGCCGUAAAGCAGCACCAGAUCUGGAGGCUGCUGUUGGGCCGGCUGGUUUGUCUAGAUGUGAAGGAUGCCUUCUGUACUAGUCUGCUCAUCUACAACUUCAGAAUCUUUGAGAGGAGGUUUGGCACCAGGAAGUUUGCAUCCUUCCUCUUGGGAACUUGGUGUCUGUCUGCGCUGCUGGACUUCCUGCUCGCCCAGGCUUUCCAGUUUCUGCUUGAGUACGAGGUGGAGGAACUGUCAGCAGGACUGCUCGCUCCAGUCUUUUCUUUGUUUGUGCCUUUCUACCUGUUGAUCCCUAGGAUGCCUGUCACCCAGGUCCUGGGUCACAUCCAGAUCACCAACAAGACUCUGGUCUACAUAGUAGGCUUGCAGCUGUUGACGUCCAGCCCCUUCAUGUGGCUUCUUGCACUCAGUGGACUGAUUUCAGGAGGACUGUACCACUCCAAUUUCCUCCACUUGCAGAAGCUCCUCUUUGUACCUGUCUGGGUGUCUCGGAUUGGACGGUAUAUUCUGGAGCCACUGUUCUCAAGCUCUGAACCAACCAAUGAGACGCCUCUGGGGAUGGGUGCCACUCUGGACAUCCAGAGGCAGCAAAGAAUGGACAUACUGGACCAACAGCUGCUUCUGGCCCAAUACAACGAGGCCAGGAGGACCGCCAGACAACAGCCACAGCCCGGUUUACUACAGUGGACCAGGUUGUUCCCCUCACUAAGACAAAGAGGACAGAAUCGACCCCCAAUGCAGCCCAGCCCCCAAGCCCAGACACAACCAUCAACAGAACCGUCAACAGAACCGUCAACAGAACCGUCAACACAACCACCGCUCACAGACAACUCUCCUGUGGCAGAGGAGCAGGUUGCACGGUUGGUGGAAAUGGGCUUUUCCAGGAUUGAUGCCCUGGAGGCACUCAGAGCUUCAAACAACGAUAUCAACAUGGCAACCAACUUUCUCUUGCAACACUGAGACAGACAAGCUCAGUGAGAAAGCAGAGCCAAAUGAGGAGAGAAAAAGGAGGAGAGCUGGAAGAGCAACAGAAGCAGAGAAGGCAUUAAAAGCAAAACGGAGACAAAGAGAAAAGAUGGGGAAUGAUGGAGGACAGGAGAGGAGACAAAACUAUAUUUGUACAGAUAAUCUGAAGGCGCUGCCACUGCUCCCUGGAGCGGUGUUGGGCUGACCCGACCUGCUCUAAGUGCAAUAUCAGGCCUAUUAAUGAAGACGUGUGAAGCACAAAACGGAAGAGAUUUGCGUCAUAGCUUUCAGACGGGCGUCAUUGUGUGAAACAGGUGUCAUCGCUUCAGGCAGAGGAGCGAGACUCUUUAAUCCAAGAGUGAAAAACAGAGAAACCAAACAGGUCAGAGCUUUCUUGAGAACUCAUAAGUGAUAGAAGUGAUGCUGAAUUAUACCAAUCAGCUGCAGUCUCACAAAGCAAACUCAUCCAACUCACUGCCGUUCUACUUCCAAUAUGGCGAAUGUGUAACCAGCAGGUCAGAGAUGAUAAAUUCAUGGAUAAAGACAAGAAAACAUAAGGCUUUGAGAUCUAUAUAUCAGAAAACAUGAUGCUAUAUGAUGCUUUUAAAUUUUAUAAUGGAGUAAAAGAUGGUCUAAGUGCUUGGGCAGAUCUGGUAGUUGACGUUUUUUCGUGGAGACAAAAGCAGAGAGAACAGAAAUGAAACACAUGCCGAGCAUACAAGAAGGUGCAGUCAUCACGACUAAAGAAUCUGAAUAAUACAACCUGCUGAAUCAUCUUUUAAUUACUGUGAUUUCUUUGUGUUAGUGUCGUUUCAGGGAAGUAACCGGGCUCAACCUCUUCCUGCUUGAGAUGUUUUUAAAAGAGUGUUUAGCAUUAAUGGCGGCUAAAACAGGAGCCAAAUUUCUUCAGAGCUGACCGGUUUGGCUUAUUUUUAAGUGCGUUGCUGGUGACCGGCAGAACUGUUAAAGCAGGAUAAGAAGUUGGAAGGGCUACCUCAGGGUCUGUGAGGAAAGUGAAUCAAAGACUGAAUCGUGUUGACGGACACAAAGUCACAGAUGCACAGUAGCCCUUUCGAGGAGGCGAUGUUUCACAACCCUCGUCUGCACCAUCAUUUUAUGCUCUCACAUGCAUACGCACACACACUCCUCAAGGUUUAUUUAUUCAGAGUCUUUUUCUCUGCCAGCAACUGUGGCUGAAUCAUAGCAAGACUUCAAAAAAGACUGGAGAUAUUUAUUAUGCAAUAUCAUAACAAGAGAAAUGUAUUGAGACUAUGCACUGCAUAGAAUCGACUUUGUGUGUAUAAAUUGUGCAAACAUUUUGUGCAAAAGAAGCAAAACUGCAGCCGCUGUGUGUUGAUGUCAAAGACAGACGCUAGUUUUAUAUUUUGUGCAGAAUAAUAUUGAUAAUAUAUGACCACUGAGAUGAGUCUGUCAUGUGUGUAUAUGUAUUUUUUAGGGUGAUAUAAUAGUCUAUGGGUGUAAUGAGGAAGUUGUUGCAUGGACAACUUUCCAAUGAACUGUAAAGAGUCAUUUUGAUCUGUGGAAUAAAUCACCUUGCUGGCUCAGUUA